AUGCUGUUCGCGUUGCAAGGUCAUGCAAAUCUGUUAAAAAAUAUCCUCUUUGAUCUCUCUUCCAUUAGUUUUUGUGGUGAAAUGGAUCUUGUUGAUAUUUUAUAUGUACUUUUUGGAAACAAAGUAAAUUAUAAAGAUCUUGAUUGUGUGCCCAACACUGAAGCUUGGGUGCUUUCUUUAUACCAGUCUUCCUUACCUCCAAUUAAUGUUCCAUUUUUGCUUACUAUUUAUUCGACUAUUAAACCGCCAUAA